CGAGUCUGAUAAGGCCGAUAUGGAUGUUGAGACCUUCCACGAUGGGUUCCUCGCUGCUAUCAUGGUCGAGGAGGGGGGUGUUGCUCCUGUUGGCUCCGCAAUUGCGCUCCUUGCUGAGAGUGAGGAUGAGAUUGCUGACGCAAAAGCGAAAGCUUUUUCCUCCGGUGCUGCGUCGAGUAGUAGCGUACAGGUACCUGAGCAGAAGCAUAAGGCAGAGGAGGAGGUUGUUGCUCCUGCUGCUUCCACUGUUUCUAGUUCGAAAGCGGCUGCACUGGGUUCUGCAGUGCACCCAGCUUCGGAAGGAGGAAAGAGGAUAGUGGCGUCACCUUAUGCGAAGAAAUUGGCGAAGGAAUUGAAGGUUGAUUUAGCGGCAUUAGCAGGGUCUGGGCCAAUGGGGAGAAUCGUGGCUAAGGAUGUUGAGGCUGCCGCUGCUGCUGGUACAGUGGCUGCUGAAGUGGCACCUGCUACUCCUGCUAAGGUGGGGACUGCAGCUCCAGGAAUCGAGCUGGGAUCAGUGGUUCCAUUUACAACAAUGCAAGGUGCUGUGAGUAGGAACAUGGUGGAGAGUUUGACUGUGCCGACUUUUAGAGUUGGAUACACAAUUACCACCGAUGCGCUUGAUGCUUUGUACAAGAAGAUCAAGUCCAAGGGGGUAACAAUGACAGCACUGCUUGCCAAGGCAACAGCUCUUGCAUUGGCUAAACAUCCUGUAGUCAAUUCUAGUUGUAGAGAUGGGAAGAGCUUUACAUAUAAUAGUAGCAUCAAUAUAGCAGUUGCUGUGGCUAUGGAUGGUGGAUUGAUUACGCCAGUGCUCCAGGAUGCCGACAAGGUUGACAUUUAUUCACUAUCAAGAAAGUGGAAAGAGUUGGUUGAUAAGGCCCGGGCUAAGCAGCUGCAACCUCAUGAAUACAAUACAGGUACCUUCACUCUUUCUAACCUUGGGAUGUUUGGUGUGGAUCGAUUUGAUGCCAUUCUGCCACCAGGAACUGGAGCAAUAAUGGCAGUUGGAGCCUCUCAACCUGCUGUUGUAGCUACCAAGGACGGUCGAAUUGGCAUGAAGAACCAGAUGCAGGUAAAUGUUACUGCAGAUCAUCGUGUCAUCUAUGGUGCUGAUCUUGCUUCCUUCUUGCAAACACUGUCAAAGAUCAUUGAAGACCCUAAAGAUCUCACCCUCUAGUCAAACAUCUCUCUCACCACAAGACCUUCCUGCCCUCUUAUCACCGGCUAUACCGCCUUGUAGCACACUCACAGUCAUCAUGUUUCUUCAAUCAUCAAUUUUCAAUCUUAAUGUGGUUCGACUUUGGACUAAAAACACGAGCUGAUCACUCAAUUAAAAAUCUUCGAGAAACAAGAAUAGAAUUUCCAAGAGCAAUAUUUCAUUUAGAUUCAAUUUUCAUCUGUUGGGUUAUCCAUUUUCUCAACCAUUGUUUCAAACAGUGAAUCGUUAAACGAUAUGUCGUCAAUUAAAAUUUGUCUGGUAAC